UGUACGCUGGAAAUUUGGUGUACGCACUUUUGAUAAACGAGGGCCCUUGACUUUUAAUGACAUUUCUCGUCCUCAUAGUUAUUAUAAUAAGACUGGCUCCAUACUAAAUGAUUCACGUUUACUUUAUUGAAACUGGUUUCUGGUAUUUUUGGGUGUCUCCUCUAUUUUGGAAAUGUGGUCUGUCUGGUCAUUAGUCCAAUCGAGAUGAGGUUCGAGAAUCCCUUUCUUUGUACAUAAGUUCAACAGGUGGUUGUCUGAGUUCACAUGACUGGCAGGCACCUAGAGACCUUCACCCUGACAAGAAAUCAAACCAGUCAGACCAAAUGGAAGUAGAUGGUGGCAACCAGAGACACAGGAGUGCUUUCAGUUAAUUGCUUUACUACGUUGCUUGACAGUUUGUAUCAGGCAAUACGUUACCCAAACCGUGAGUAUCAUCCUUUAGUGGUCGUAUCUUUGUUCCUAUUUGGUGAGUCUGGUGGAGCCUUGCCUGAAAAUCAUGACCAUUUGAAAUUACGCCGUACAUGCAGUUGCAUUCUGGUUAAUCACCACAUACUUCAAGUGGUCAUUCAGAACAUUGCUGUUCCAUUAAACAUUGCACUCCAUUGUGCUACUGAUUGAAAACCACCUAACAUCAUCCCCAAGGACAAUGGCCAAAGAGUUUAUGUGCGAGAAAAAGAUUUUUCUAAUUGAGGCUCUGUCAGGGAAUGCCUCUUUUAUUCUCCAGUACACCCAGACAGAGAAACUAUUGACAGACCGUGAAUACAGAAACAUUCAUGGACUUGUGCAAAGUCAAAACCAGGAGAGGAUUGUCAUUGACCUUAUUGAUUUACUGAGUCAAAAAGGAGAGGAUUUCUGCUGUGGUUUUCUGGACCUCUUAAAGUCGCCAGAGAUAGUUAAGACCAUGCCUAAACUUAGAGAUAUGGAUUGGGACACCAGAUCUCUAGCGCCAUCAAGCACCCAAACAAGGUCCAAAACUGAGAAUUGGCACACAAGAACAAGAGAUUACUGUGGAUAUUUAUACAAUGUCUCAGCUAUUAAGAGAGGGAAGAAGAAACAAUAUUUCACUGCAGUUUUAAUGGAGGAAAACGAGAGCAGGACUAUUAUGGUUUUUCAGACACUGCUGCAAGAACGCUUUGUCAUGGCAGAGAGAAAAAGAACUCCAGUGAAGUUGGAAAAAGUGGUGCUCCAGCCAAACUACAAGUUGUCAACCAAGUUUACUGAGAUAUCUAGAUUUUCCAUCCUUGAGGAUUUACCCUUCAAAUAUAACAGCGGUAUUAAUGUAAGGGUCGAGGAUAUGUCCCUGAACCUAGCUGCCCAUAAUGUGGACAAAAAAAAUGCUGAAACAAUUAAGGUGAACGUUACAGUGGAGGUGAUUCAGAGACUGCAAGACAGCCAUUGUGUAACAAGAGCCCAAAAAAGGCUUCCCAUGGUGAAAUACCUUGUAGGUGAUAUGGAUGGCAAUCAGACUACACUUGCAACCCUGGUCGUGUGGAACCAUGAACACACAGUUGAAGAGGGGAAAUGGUACAGAGUUACCAAUGUUUCUGUAGGUAGGUCCAGGAAUCAAAUUACCAUUAACACAACACCAGACUCUACUCUUGCCAACGUACCCAGUGGUGGGAAAUGCAAUGUGCCACCGGGAAUGAUUGACUGUCAGGAGUUCAAAGGGAAAAUCAUUGGACACUUGCUGUCCGAGGAGCACACCUGUCCACAAGGACACCCGCUGGAGAGGGUGAACCCCUGUGGAAGAAGCGUGACUUGUGAGAAGUGCCCUAUGACGUACAUAUCAUCCAGUGUAAAAAAUAUAUUCAGAGGAAACCUCUCCAUACAGUCUGAUGUGGACAGUCUGAUCAGAGAGUUUCAUGUAGAGGACAGAGUGAUCAGAAAGGUUCUGUGGGAGGAUUUGAAGUCUGUGAAGGAAGUUGAGGACGCACUUGUCGCGCUGCCUCCAGUGACGAUCACUGUUCUCAGUGGUAAUGUGUUAUCCAUUGCAGCUCUGACUCAGGACGUUGCCACACAGAAAUCUGCAGCGCAUAUAGCUUGGACUGAGGGUGUCUGAGUCAUUGGAGGAAUGCGCCGUUCCU